AUGGUUCCAACAACAACACAAGCUUUUGAAGUCUUCAGUGAACGUGAUCAAAUCCACGGCAACUUGUCCAUCCUUACAUACACAGAAGAGGAAGAAGUUCAAGAUUAUUUUGACGCAGAGUGGGAUGAGCAAGAUGUUGAUGUAAUCACACCACUCGCACCCAAUCCAAGCGAAGACGCCACGUGGGACUCAUGCACCACGUCAGACUCAUCCAGUGUGCUCGGUGGCUGCACAACCCCACCAGCAACAUCCAUGAAGGUUAUGUCUCGUCGGAAGAGUUAUCCGCUGCUCAAUUCACUCUGUGAGACUCAUUCAUUACCGAAAGUAAGCUCCAUGCCACCUUUAUAUCGACCGAGUGAGUUGGGUAUCGGUCUCACUAGCAUCGUUGGGGACCCCCGUGGAAACAAAAACAUUCGAAGGAAAAUGCCCUAA